ACGACGAUUGAACUGCUUUCGAUAGAUGAAACUCAUGCAAUUCUUUUUGAGUUCCUUGCUCUGUUCACCUUCCUACCGAGAAAAAAGGGAAUGAUGUUGACCGGAAAAACAAAACCGAAGCCUGGAUGCUGCCGUAAUGUUACUGUUUGGUUUCGUUCUUCAAGAUGGCGAAAAGCUUCCAACAAACAACUUAUCCAGAAUCUGCUGUGUUCUGUAAAAGUACAACGGAGACGAAGAGAGUGUAUGGCAAGACAAUCCACGUCCGAUAUUGCUCAACUCCUUCCUAACGGCCGCUUUCCAGAAGCUCUUCCUAAGGCGAAGUAUUUUUAUGAAGACGAGAAAAGGCUAUCGGCUUACGAUCAGGUCGAGUACUUCUGCACAUCCAUAUUGCGGAAUUUUUCUCCGAUAAAUCAUCAAAGCGAUGUUCUUCUCUUACCGAAAGAAGCUAAAGAAGCAAUGGCCGGACUGGUAUUUGCCGCAUCAAGAAUCGGCGAGCUUAAGGAGCUUCAAAGCAUAAGGAGCUUGUUCGUUCAGAGAUUUGGGCUUCAGUUCGACAAAGACUGUGUAGAUUUGCGGCCAGGAAACGUCGUGAAUCCGGAGAUAGUUAAUAUUCUCGACACGAAUAUGCCGGAAGAUGCAAUUACUCCAGAGAUUCUCACAGAAAUUUCUCAUAAAUACGAAAUUAAGAUCACAACCUCUGUGGAUUCGAGCGAAGUUUCAGCUUUCAGUGAAAAUAUUGGUGUAGCCAAAUCUGAGGCGGUGAAGAUAGAGAAACCAAAAACGAGAAAGAAACCCAUGAAGGAGAAGUCGAAGUUUCUGCAUUCAAGUCUCGGAGUGUCUGAAGGACGAGAUCGAUCAUCGUUCAUGAGAUGA